UUGACCAGCCUUGGCAUUGCCCUCCGGCUCUCCAGGGGAAGAGCUGCAGUUCUGCUCUUGCAACACAAGGAGCAGACUGGAGAAUUUAGAUCUGCGUCACAGAGCUCAGAGAGAGAGAGAGGGGAGAGAGAGAGAGAGAGAGAGCGAGAGAGAGCGCUCCGUCGAUAGGUCUGCUAGCAACAGCCGUGCUGCAGCAGAGAGAGAGAGAGAAAUCAAGAAACAAGUCAUAGCAACACCGGGCACCAGGUUCUGCCAGCUCACUUGCCAAGCGUUCAGAAAUCUGUCGGGGGCUAGAGGCCUCUGGGUAGCCCGGGCUAAGGAGAUGACACACAAGACCGAGAUUUGGGUCUGCGCAGGCGACGAUGGGUGGUCCGACGGGCUUCAGGACUUGAUGGCGUAACCCCCUUCUUCCCCCACUGUCAGCUGCUCAAGCCUGACCGGGGUAGAGGCUAGAGGAGCAAGCUGUCCCCAGCGUCCCACCUGACCUACCAGCCUUUGCCCCCGUUUCCUUCUUUUGAACAGACAGACAGACUGGUUUUCCAGGUUGUUUGGGUAUCCGCGUCUGUCUGUCCAUCCACGUCGUUCUUAGGUGGCAGGUAGGAAGUGAGGAGGAGAGGUGCUGGGAGGAAGGUGGAAAGCCAUAGCUUUCCAGGGGUUGCCUUAUUGAAAUGUUCAGCCUCGGGGCAGCUGGGCUGGUGGGGAGCCGGUGGGCAGGAUGGGGCGUGGGUUGGGAGAAGUGGGGUAAAGCUGGUAGGUUUGUCACUGCGUAGUUGGGAAAAGUGGGGAAUGGUGACGCAGUCACUGUUGCAUCUUGUUAGGAGCUCCAAGGGGGACAGGUAGUGAGGCUCCCGGCAUCUGUAGGGCCAGCUGAGAGGGGUUAGGGAUGAGCUGAGAAGGGAAGCUAGCAUUUAGAGAUUAAAUGUCAUCCUUUUGGCGUUGGAAAGUUGUUUACCUUGCGCUCUCUGUGUCUCCAUGUUGGCACCCUUCCAGUUCACAUGUGAUGGCCUUCCUUGUACUGCUGCAUCAUUAACUAAGUGACUGAGCUGGCCUUCCAUUGGCCAGGGGAGGGCUCUCACUCCAGACAUUUCCUCUGAUUGGUGGGUGGGCCAAUGGCAGGUGAAAACCUUUUUUUGAUUGGCUGAGGGCAGGGUAUCAAAUCUGAAUUUGCAUUUCACUUGCUUAAAGGGGAGGGGGGGAGAAGCCCAGCAGCUUUCUAAAAUCUGUUUAGGGGUGUGCGUAUGCUCCUGUGUCUGUGCCUGCUUUUGACUGACCAGGUGAAGCCUCUUCUAUGCCUUUUUUAUUUCAAGCACUCAGAGGAAGAGGAGCUCCGGGUUCCCCAAACUUUUUUUUUUUUUUUUUUUUGGAGUCCGAAGGGUUGGAGAGAUGGGUGCGCAGAGGGUUGACCAAACUGGAAGGAAGUAUUUGUCCUUUAGUUUGGUGUCGGAAAAGGGAAUUUUCCAAUCAGCCACACCUCGGUGUUGCGGCACAAUAAUUCUUGGCUCCCUUGGAAACGCACGGGGCAAGGUAGGACAGAUCUGCUGCUGCUGACACUGCCACCACCAUGGGCUUCCUGCUGCCUCUGGGCUGCUCCCUGGGGACGAGAGAUUUGCAUUGACGGGGCUGUCCAGAGCUGAGCCCAGUGUGGGAAAGACCUGCCUUCUGGAAGCUGCUGCUCCUUGGUCUUGGAAAGGUGCCACGGCAGGCUGUUCCACGGACCUUCUUUCAUUUACUGCUUUCCACAACCCUCCGAGGAGAGUCCCGUGACUGAGAACUCAGAGGUGUUGAGCUCCAUGAGUCGGUGACAGCCUCUGGGAGACUCGGGCUAAGCUGGGGACAGAGCUGGUGUGCAGAAGACAGCCAUCAUACCGCCUAAUAGAAUGGCCCGUUUGCAUUUAUUUGGAACAAAAAAAGGAGAUGCCUGGCAGCCUGGCUUUCUGCAGCUAAGUAUUCGUCUGCAUUCUGGUUUUCCGUCACACAUCGGAAGCGAUAGAUGUUCAUUGAACCCACCCAGCUGCCGUGACUUUUCCUUUCCCCGCGCACCCCUGCCCCUGAUCCUCCAGCAGAGAUUGGAUUUUCUGGUGCGGCUGGAGAGCUGCAGAGAGGCUAGAUCCCAGUGUCCAGCUCCCGCACAUCGCCCUCACAUUCAGGAGAAGUCGAUUUUCCCUAAAGGGGAGCCUAAAGCCCAUGUCCCUCAGUGCGGUGUUAUUAAUGGGCCGAUGGGAAGGGCCCUGCUUGCCCUCACUGCCCCCAGCGGGGAGGUGAGGCUCUCGGCUGGUUGGCUGGGGGAGGACGGUCCUUGCCAGCAUCUAGCAUGGUUCUCUGCCAAGUUCUAGCUCCAAAUCUCUAGGCCGCUAGGAACCUAGACUAUAUAUAGCAUUGUGCUAAGCAAUUCUUAUCGGACAUGUCUGCCCUCCCCUGCGGGAGAGGAGCCCUUCUCCCAGGGAACCGGAACCUAGAGAGUGUGAGCCUUCUCCAAGGGGUCUUUCGUUCCAGGAAGGGCUGUGUGUGUGUGUGCGUGUGUGUGUGUGUGCGCGCGCGCGCGCGUGGCUGUGUCUGCUUCAGGGCUGCCAAGCUUUCUUUCCUUUUCCCUGUUUCAGAUGCUGCGAGAUUGGACGGUCUGAUUGGGAUGAGGGCCAGGAGGUUCUUGAUGGUGUGCGAUGUGGCCUAUGGCGCCCACCAGCCUCCCGCAUGUCUUCUUGGUUUCCUGUUUGCCUUCUUUGCCCAAGGAGGUCUUCUGACCUCUUGAGCCUCUUUUGGAUCUCCUGUCUUCCCUGCCCUCCUCUACCUCUUCCUCCUCCUUCCUUUGAUUCUCUUUCGGGUGUGUGACGGCAGACUGGGCUACGGGCAUCCGGGAGCUGUGUCUGCUCGCCGCCCUCACCACCGCCCCCCCCCCCCCCCCCCCACCAGUUUGGGGUUUCUGGAAAUCUGGCUUUAGUCAGCCGUCCUCUGGAGGAAUUGGGUGGUGACUGAGCGUUUCGUGCUGGGUGGUACAGGGCAGAGCAGGCUGGAUAUUUGCCUCCUCCCUCCCGUAGGUGCUGUCGAGCCACCGAUUUUCUGUGGUUCCGCGACCCCGAGUGCUGACUGAUGUGACAGGUUCCGGUCUUGUCAGUGAAUCAUCGCCAAGCUGCUUAUUGGAACCCAGAUGCAGCAAGAAAAUGGGAUUUAACCCCUUCCCAGCCUCUCAGGUAAGUCAGGUGUGGGCUGACGCUUCCGGCCCCACCCCCCCACCUCCCAGCCCCCUUCCCUUCUCAUGGAGACCGUUUUCCUUAGUCAGUGGGGAAUCCUCAAACGUCUCCAUUCACAAUCUCCCAAACAAUGCUCUCUUCUUUCCAUUCUCCUACUCCUGGCUUUUCUGUGAAUGGGGUUAGUAACCAGCAAGGACUUGGGGGAAGGGCCAGCCACAGUGAUCCGGCUGCUGGGAUGUGGGAGAUGGCAGGGACGCGUUUCUGGGUGUGGCAGUCAGUAGAGCAGUUGGGCCUCCCACAGUGACUGGCCGGGAACUCUCCUUGGCCCCCAACAUCCAGCAUGAGAUUCUUGGUUUGAGCCCGGUUGGGGGCAGGGAGUCUGCCUGGGACUUGGGUGUGCCCUUGCUUGUGUAUCCCAGUGGAUGUUCACUCUGACUCUGGACACCUUGGGGCUUGCGUCUGCAGCCAUAGCCUGGAGUUUAGACUAUGGGCUGGGCAGUAGACUUCAGGGCUCUUUCUCCACUUGCGUGUGUCAUGGGGCUUGUUCUGGGGGGUUUUUUGUUUGUUUUUUGUUUUGAGUAAAUCACUCUCUUCCUCUAGGCCCUCAUUGCCUUCACCUUAAAAAAAAAAAAAAAAAAAAAAAAAGAUCCUGGCCUGGUAAACCAUUGCAAAGCAUCUCCAGGCUGUUGACGUACAAAUUUUUUUUCUCUGCCUCACUUGAUGCUGGUCACAGUAAUAGCAACGGUGAUUAAAAAUGAUGUUGGGACUGCAGAACUGGGGAGGCCUGUCGCAUUCUAGAGACAGUUCAGAAAGCAGACCGUAGUCGCUUGCCACGCUGCCUACCAGGAAAUCUCCUAUUGAAUGCAUUCCUGCAAUGUUCUGGGCGAGCAGGGUCAGGUUGGAAUUAGCCGACAGCGGAUUUGUCUGGGGUCUCAAGAUAAAAGGGAUGGUCCCCGGUAAUUUUACCGCACACUUGGCUGAUAUCUGGAGGCACCUGUGGGAUCCCACCUCUGCUCUCCCCACCCCCUUCCCACCGCUGGCCAGGAAGGACCGGUGAGUUCUGCCCGUCAGUGUUUUAUCUUCUCUCCUCCCUAUCUGACCGGAGGCUGAGCUGGCUGCGAGCAGCCGGAGGUCCUCCCCGAGUGAGGAAUCCGAGGCUGUUGGGAAGAGACACCCGACUCUUCUCUUCCCUGAAGGAAUUUGACAAGUCUCAGCCCCUCCAGCAGUAACGUGGGGAGGGGAUGGCUGGGGGUGUUGGACCUGGAACACGAAUAAAGAGGAGAGAUCAGCUUUGGUGCAGCUGGGGAGACGAGGAGGAGCCGGCCAAGUCCCUCAAGAUGUGUCGGCUAGAGUCUGGCCAGUGCAGGCUGCCGGGCCGGAGCCAGAUGGAGCCGCUGGCCACGCUCAGGAGCCUCUGCCCCCAUAUGGUGUGGUGUGGUCCCGGGCCUGGCUCAGGGUGGCCGCUGCUCCCAUUCACAGCCCUGCCCUUGGCUGGACUGGGAAGAUCAGAGUGGGAAGCGGAGGGAAAGUUGAUUUUGCUCCUUGUGACGCAGUUGUCUGCGGGGCCUCUGGCGUUUCCAGACUUGGGGUGGGUGCUUCCCCGUUGAUUUUCCUCAUUUUGUUCGUCAUCUGCUUCCUUGCUCCCUGCUUACCGGGCUGGCUUCUGCUGCCAUAACACGGGCGUUACGUGUCCCCAGCCAAGCUAGUACCACGGUUGGCGUCCCCUGAGAGGGGGACCGGGCAUAUCUGGCACUCGGUUCUCAACCUUUGAACCCCUGUGCUCUGGGAGCCAGGAGGCAGAGUGGGGCCUCUCCAUCCGGGGUCCAGCAGAGGUUAACAGGGCUGGUGGUGCCGGAGCUGCGGUGGUGUGGCCUGGCCAGGAGGCGCUGGGGAGGGGCCCCGCCGGGGGACCUGAUUGGUCAGCACCUUCUCUGUUCCACUGAAUCCUGAGCCGGUCGGGGCCGUGAAUUGUUUAAUGCAUAUCUUGGCUCUGUCCCCUGGCACGAGGGCCUCCGAGGCUGCAGCCACAGCUUUAGCGAGGAUGUGUACCUCGUGCUGGUCACUGUUUUGGGCACGUUGCCUCCCUGUGAGAUAUGAAAGAGAUACUGCCCUUUCCACUAGCAGGCUGUCUGUGGGAGGCCCUCCUUUUGCGUUGCUUUUCUGGGCCUUGGAGUGUCUGUGAAGAAGGCCUAGGCUGGGUUUGAUUCCUUGCCGACUCCUUUCACAGGAGGCUGCUCGUGAGCCGGUGAAGCCAGAGAAAACCUCCAGGCCCCAAGGCCCGUGCACAGCCUGAUGCGAUAGUGUCGGGCCUGGGCAGGAAGGAGCAGGGGCACGAGGAUGGAGCGAGGCACGCGGGGACGUGGUCGCGCAUCGUCUGACCACAGGAUCAGGGCAGCGGGGGUGGGGUGGGAGGAUGCGUCCGGCGUUCAACCAGCGGUGCCCGCUGCAGCCUGGAAUGGGCCUGUGUGUGCGUGGAGCCCAGGUCAGGGUCUGUAAUGAGGCGUGAGGCUAUGAGAUGGGCAUCGGGACUCUUGGUCCCGGCAGAGGGUCCCAGGAAAGGGAAACUGACUUUCGCUAAGCGUCUGUCUUUGCUGGUCUGAUUUCAUCCUCAGAGCAACCGCAUGAAGUAGGUAUUACUUCCCUUCAACAGAUAAGGAAGCCGUGCGUAGUAAUUCACUGAACCAAGGUCACAUACUUGGCAAGUGGGAUUGUUGAGCUUUAAACCCCGGCACUUUGGAUUCCAAAGCCUGUGCUUUUUCUUCGCCCUCUUGGGUGGAAGUCAGACAUCUUUGGGAGCUAAGACCAUCAGAGAUCGGGCAGCCGGGAGAUCUGACGGAAACCGGUGUGAAAGGCCAGGUGUCUAGGGGGACGUGGCAGCCACUGGCCAUAGCCAUGCCAUAUCCCUUUCGGGGGGAGGGGGGCAAGGCAGAGACAGCUAGUUUCUGGUGUCCCUGAACAGGCAGGGCUGAGCAUGGCAGAUACACCCACGCCACAAGUGUGCGCCCAGUCUCUGCUUCGUGGCGGGGCGUGUGCUAGGAGCUGGGGACGCAGAACUCUACAAAACCAAGUUUCUGCUCUCCUGGGAUGUACUUUCUGGUGUAGGGAGAGGUCGUUCACGAUAAUACAAAAGGAAUUAGGAACUAUAUAAAGUAUGCAGAUACAAAAAGGGGGACACCCACCCAUAAGAAGCAGCAAUCCCAAUGUUGGUCGGGGAGGGAAUUUGAGAGACUGAAGGAUCUCGACCACCUGGGGAAGCCAUAUUGAUGGAGCCCCCAGAGUUCAAGUUGAUACAGUUGCUAAUGCCUCUCUUUUCCUAAGAGCUGGAAAAACCACCCAAGGUCCCCAAAGCUUACAAGACACAUGCAGUGAGUCAGGGAUCAAGGUGGCAGUAGACGUCAAGCCGUUGGUCACCAGCAAACGGAGGUUUUUCUGUUAGCCAUGGCUGCUCUUGGCCUAAUGUCUCCCCCCCUCACCAGGUGGCAGCUGGCGCCUCUCUGCCUCGUCACGGUGCCCCUCUCUCGUCCACACCGACAGGGGAGCGCUCGGGUUAAGUCUUCGCCAAGUCACCAGUAAAAUAUGUGCCUGCAGGAGACAGAACUCAGCUCAGGCUCUCCUGGCAGAACCCGCGGUUCCAAGAUUAUCGCGAUAGGGACAGGUCAGGGGACGGGAGAGGGAGGAGAAGUCACCUUGUGCCAGAUGCUUGGACAAGUUUUGUGUCCAAAAGAGGUUGAGGCAAGUUGGUGGCUGGAGAUGGGGGAGGGGAUGUCUCCAGCGUGUGCGGCUCCAGGGCUCAGGAGUUGUUUACAGGGUAGAAGCUUAGGGUGAGUCAGGCCACGUGAUUCUUCCCUCCCUGGCCCCGUGGUCGAAGCCUGCCCCACUUGAACCUCGGAGACUGCCACCUGCUGCCAGGGGGCAGAUGUUGCACGAAGGUGCAGUGUGGGUCUUGGGGUGUGGUUGUGGGAACUCCGGGAAAGGGGGCGUUCUGUGGCGUUGUAUAGAAGUCUCCACAGUCCCGUGUUCUGGCCCAGGAUCCUGUGGUAAAAUCUUACUCACUUUACCCUUUUGGGACUCACUUUCAUUAUUUCUAAGAUGAGGGGGUUGAACCAGAAUCUUUUGGGAGGUGCCUGCCGACUCUGACAUGGGGGCUACCUGGGUGUUGGCGGAGGUGUUUCUUAGGCAGAAACUCAGGUCGGGAACGAGCAGGCCUGACUUACGGGAGAGGGGAGGGGCCUUGAAGGAUCUGAGAACAGCUACAGUCCUGUUUUCUGCAGGGAUGCUGUCACCAUCAAUUAGGGCAGGUGGGUGGAGACAGUUUUCCAGGAACUCUUCAGGAGCGCGCGGGAAGGGGCCGGAGAUUGCGUGAAGGUGUCUCAGGAAGGUCACCCAAGUGACAGGGGUUGUGACCUCUGGCUCCCACCAAGGGGCCUGUCUGGAGCCGGGCAGUGUGGGGGUCUUUGCUGUGCCACAGGGGCUGACUGAGAUGCCACCGUGCUCUAGGGAAGAUGCUCUGUCCUUUGUGGCCCUGAAUCCUUGAGGGAACGCGGGACUACUGGUCCCGUGUCCUGGGCCUUCCCUGAGACGUCUGUUCAGGGUCUGUGCCCCUUGCUGUCAGGAAGUCUUCCUUUAUAUUUAGCCAUUUUUUUCUCAUGUGGUUGUUUAAGCUCUUCUAUUUAAAAAAAAAAAAAAAAAGACAAGAGAAAAAAAAAACAAAAAACAAAAACAAAAAUAUCUCUGAGCCGCUUGGUUCCAUUUUAGCUUUUCAGUCUUGAGUCACUGUUUUGAAGGUAGCAAAAGUAAAACACAUGCAGGGAAGCUCAAGGCCCCAGACCCUCGUGGGCUGUUGUGAAAGGCCAGCCCGGGGAUAUGGCGGCCUCUGUCCCCAACGUCCGCCGCUUCUCCAAGGCUGCGUAGGUAGGAGCCCCUGGGGCUGCGGGCACGUGCUGCGCGGGCCGCCGAAUGGAAUGCAGGGUUUUCAAAUUAGCAAUAUGCCUUCAAGACACGAUCCGUGUGCUGCUUUACUGGACACUUACGCUGGGACUCGUAGCUGUGAGCCCGCCCCCUUCCCCACCAGGGUGGGGUGGCAAACAGGGAUUUGGGCCAGGAUUCAGGCAGGAGCCGAACUGAUCCGUGACCGACGUCUUAUGUGCACCGUGUGUUGUUUUUGCAGCUCUUUUCAGAUUCGCUGGCUCGCUUGGUCCUCACACAGCCCUGUGAGGGUCGGCGGUGGGAUCCCCGUGGGUGUUCAAGCUCAGCCUCAGACAGCCCUGCUGAGGUCCGGUUUCUUGUACCUGCUUAAUUUGGGUCACUGCACCCCCCCCCCCCCCCCCCCCGCCCCCAGGCCCUCCAACUCCAGAUGUCAUUUCCUUGGGUUUCAGUUGUGCUCUUUAGCUGAGCAGGGGGGCAGGGCAGGGAUGGGGAGUGCAUCUUGGGUAGCCGACUUGAUCUCUGUAGGUUGCAGGUUUCUUUUCUACGCAUUGAAUGGGGAAGGGAGCCUCCGCCCAGGUUCUCCUGUUCUUGGAUUGUUUCAACUUCUCUUACAAGGAGUUCUUAUGAAACCUGGCUUGCCCUCCUUGACCAGGAAGCCAGCCAUUCACCAUGUGUCUCUGGUGAGACUCCCUACGUUUGGAAGCUUCUGGAAUAUACGGUGCUUUAGACCGUUCCGACACAUCUGUCGGGCACUUCAGGCAUGUGCAUGUAGCCCUGUUUCUGCCAAGUGGCUCACUUAGAAAUGAAGCCCCAUUGUGGGGCAUUUUUUUUCCAACAGACUUAUAAGGUAUGCCCAGAGCUUUCUGCCCAGCGUGUGCAUCGUGUAUACGUUAUCUGUUUGCUGGCUAAUUAACGUACAGCACCCGCUGGAAGGAUUGGCCAAUGUAUACUGUAAGCUGGUGGAACCAGUGGCUUCAGCUCUGAACGUUGCUUUCUGAUAGAGUUGAAAAAGUAGGCCUUACCCACAGAGGGGAAGGUGGAUCAGAGAACGCCUGGGCAUCAGUGUUCCCUGGAUACUGGGCGUAAGCCCACUCUUUAUGAGGAGGGUCGAGGCACAGCCUGGACUGUGUCUUCUGGGCCGCGUGGCCCUCUGAGUGGCCUUUAUUCAGAGAGACCCAGAGCGAGCCUGUAUGAAGGGAGAGAGAAGUGCUUGUCUUUGUUUAUGGCACCCUUCACUCGUGAUGGUUUGGGCUCACCUCGGGCACGUUUCUUGAAGGAUCGGGUUCGGACAGCGUGGCAGCACGCAUAUGUCUGUCCGUUUGUGUUCCCCGGAUGCAGGCUUGGCUCGUAGAGAAGCCCUGCCAUGGGGAAUCCAUAGAAGAAUUGUUUUGCUGGAGCGAAGGCUUUUGAUAACUUUUGUGUGAAGAUGUGUCACACCACACCCAGAUCUUUCUGUUCUCCUGGAGGAUGGGAAGGAGGAUGGCAGGACCUGUAGCUGGGAGGCGAUCUAGGCCAGCCUUCAGGGAGGGCUGUGGCGGCCUCUUCGCUGAGGGCUCCCAAAGAGACACAGAGCUUCUUUAUCUCAGAAGAGGGACUGGAUGUCCCUGUCGAGGUCCCUCGGGUCCUGAGCGUGUGGGACUGUGAGGCUCUCCCUGGAACAGCGUGAACUUCGGGUACCGGGACCCAGAGCAGGUUGCACAUCUUUUCUUUCUGCCGUGGAGGCAAGCCUAACCUCGGUGGGCCCCACGAGCAUCGGGCCUGGAGCUCUAACCUUGUUCCCUCGUGCAGAGAGAAUUCCCAGAACUGACCCGAACAGCAUUGAUAUUAUUUGCAAAUAAAAAAAGGAGAAAGCCAUGUUGUCCCUCAUCGCUGCCAGGGAAGAGCCCUGAGCGGCUCUAAUCCUUUCUUUGUACCACUGCCACUCCCCACCCUUGCUGACCCCCCCAGCCUAGGGCCCUUUGAUAGGCACUAGAGAUGUGAAUGAGUUUGGUGGGAAGGCCAAGGGCAGGGACAGACAUGGUUUGCUGGGAAGAAGGUCGGACAAGGAAAAGGAGUAUCUCAGGGCAGGCCCACGGGCACACAUGUGUAUUCAGAUGGACGUACUAUUUACUGGUAACGCCAGAGUCUGACAUGAACCAGUUAAUGCCUAAAUGAGGGUUGAUUUCGUGUGGAGAAUCAUACAUCAUUUUGUGUUUAAGUCUGCAGCUUUAGCAUCAAAAGGCCUGACAGGCUGGGGACUUUUCGCUGGGCCCUCCUGUCUGUAAGAUCAUGCUCAUUUUAUAUUGAUUUUCUGUCUCCUUCCUUUCCUGUUUUCCACUCUCAUGCAUUCCUUAGGCGUACAUGAAUAUUUGUCCACGCAUUCGUGUUACGACUUCCUUGGGGUACUGUUCUUUUCAGUGUCUCCGACAUCAUUGAAUGUAUUGCUUUUAUUUAAAAUGUGAACAGGCCAGAGGCUCACUGCAGAGGGGAGCCAUCCUUGCACUGCCCACAGAAUCCUCUUCUCCACCUUGUUCUGGAGUAGGGCAUGUGGAGCCCUGAGGAGACGGGAAUCAAGGGUGUCUGUGGGAACCAGCCAGACCCCGUGCCAUGCCCCCUCUUUGGGAAGGGAUUGCUCAGGCAUGAAUCCCCCACCCCUAACGUUAUUAGCAGUUUCUUCUUUUCAGCUUGAACCCUGAGUAGUGGCCUUGAAAGUCCCAGAACACCUGUCACCCUGCUUAGGUGAGGGCGACAGAGAGGGACGGGGACAGACGGGAAGGGGACACACGCUCCUGGCCACGGGCCUCUCUCCAAGACAGGUGAACUCUGUGUUCCAAAAGGAACUCAUUUAAUCUUUUGGCCCCAAUGGAAGUUGUUUGUAUUUUCUCUCCCUCUCUCUUCUCCCUCCUCUCUCUCUCCCUCAACACCCCCGCCUCCACCCUCCAGCCUCCAAAAGAAUUUAAUCUGCUGGACAACAAACAAUACUGUUAUAAAACUUUGAAAACAAGAGGGUGAGGCCUCCCUGACAAGGAGAAGGGCAUGCCGGGUAACGGCCGAGGGAGCCUGCCAGGCCCGGGACGGAGCCGGGCGAGGGCCCAGUUGGCCGGGUACCUGGGCGCCUGCCCCCACCCAGCCCACCAGCUCAGCCAUCCCCAGUCCAGAGGGGAAGGAACCGAAACAAAAGCAGGGGCAGAGAAGCGCCUGGAAAGGGGAAGUUGUACGUGUUCCCCUCUCUCUGAUCUGAUGCGAGUGCGCCAGACUGUGAAACUUCCUCCCCCACCCCUCCCCCGCCAGCCUCCCUCCCUCCUCGUCCUGCCUCCUCCUGCCUCCUCCCACCACUCUCUGUUCCAGGCCCGAGGCCCGACAACAGAACAGGGCUGGCCUAGGUACAGCCACCGGCCGGCCGGCCGGCUGCAGGGGAAGCAGGCAAGGAAGGUGUUCCAAGUUGGCUUUGGACUCUGGACGUACCCUCUGCGUCCCCUUCCUGCCCCCAGCUAGAGAUGUGGAGCCGCGGUGCGAGGUGUGCCCCAGUCCACGUGCCCCGCCAGGGGUGUGCCCAGCUACCGGGAGAACCUCCGCUCGGAGGUUAGUGGGUCUGUCCCACUACCCGGUGUCUGCUGGAGGCCAUGCUCCCAGGAGGCCGUCAGACUCGUACAGGUGGCCUGCUCUCCCUCCAGAGGGAGCCGGGCUGAGCUGUGGAGCCCUGGAGCCUCCAGAGGGGCUCAGGGGACAGAGACUUGCUCCCCGCAGCAAGCAGGCACAGGGGCCUGGCAGCGGGGUGCCUGGUGGGGCACGGUGUCUGCUGCUCGGGGUGACCCAGCUCUGCCUGGGGAGCAGGCAAGCUGGGCGCUGGGGCAUCGCCCCCCAGCCUUCUGAGUGGAUUUCACCUGAGACCGAAGUUUCGCUGCCACGCCCACCUGCACUGCGUGGGGCACAUGAUUUGGGACGGGAGAGUGAGAAGCAGCGGUGGUCUGCCUUUGGCCCGAGGUCGUUUGGACCCGUGAACCGUGUGGUGGGCAUUGUGUUUGUGUAAUGGACUGUAGGCGUGCUCGCUUUCCUCUCGUGGGAAGCAGUUCAGGGCAGUGCCCGUCCUCCUGCUCUGCCUGAGCGAAGCCUCUCUCUGGGGAAGCGUGGGGGGGGCCCCCCCCCCUUCAUUCCCGCGCCCCCCCCUCCCUGCGGCCCCCCCCUCCCCCCCCCCCCCCCCCCCCCACGCCCCACAGCACCCCAAGGCAUCCCAUCCUCCCAGCCAGCCGACCAGCCAUCCCGAGCCUGGGCCUGUACUGAAUCUGGAGGAUUCCCAGAUGCGGGUCUUCUCUGGUGUUGAGGCAGGGACAGAGAACCGAACCGGGUGGAAAGCAGCUGCCUGGGAAGUCAGGCCGCGGUACCCCGGCCCCAGGGAAAACCGGCAUUGCUGAUGUGGGGCCCAUGUGAUAUGAGAAGGCUGUGACCUCCUGCCCUGUUACCUCCACAGGCAUUUGAGGGGCUCAGUGGGUCUAGAGCGUGUUAUUCUCACUUCGGGAUGCCGGGUCUGGGACGCGUAGGGAUCCCUGGAUGCCCCGCCCUCCUUUUGGGGGCCAAGCUGCCAGGAAAAGAGGCAGCUCCGUGUUUCCUGCCUCCCUCACCCUCCGUUCCCUCCUCCCUUGCCCCCCGUGCACAUACCCAUACACAUUUUAUCACCCUUUCCUCUGAUUCAUUAACCACAGCUAGUUGGCACCAGGCCCCCACCCUGACAGCUCAAGACAAAAUGUCCAGGACACGGGGUCUGGCCUGGAGCUGAGUGACAGGAAGCUGGGCCGGGCCUCUCAGCUCACGCAUACAAUGGGCAAGGACCGUGUGGAGUGCAGAACCUUCCUCAUUUUCAAAAGGGUCUUCCCCAGGCCCCUCUCUCUCACCAAGAUGACUCUUCUUCGCUGCCAGGAGCCCGGAAACCAGCAUCCCGGGUAGCAGGAAGACCUGAUCUGGGCUCUGCUUCCGGCACCCCUCCCCCGCGCCGGCUGGAGCUUGCGUCAGUCAUGUAAGUAGCCGUGACUCAGCACCCAGCCUGGUCGGGAGGGAGGCAGAAGACGCCUCCCAGGAACCUUCCCAGCAUUCUGGAUUGGAACACAUGGUGGUAGCUGAACACACUGAACGAGCUGGCGGCCUUCGGUUCCUGGGGGUGCGUGUCUGUCCGUUCCGCGGGUUUGCUUAUAGGUCUCAUAAACCGGGGUUCCUCUCCUUCCCGUUUUCAUCCCGUGUUAUUUUUUGGACACCAUGCCUGGCAUAGGAUUUUUAGGACUUUAAAAGGCACAGACGGCAUCGUUUCUAGAACACAGCAGAAGCUCUCUUUGCAGUCUCCAGACUGCCCUUUAAACCGAUGACCCAUGAAUCAUCUUUAACCCUCAGAUGUUUUUGUUUGACUUACAGAGUUUUCGUUGUUUUUGUUUGUUUGUUUGUUUAACGUGUCCGAUUCAGACAUGCUUUUAGACAAAACACAGCCUCUCCAGGUCACUGGACUUCUGCUGCACGAGGUCUCUGCCUCUCUGUCCUCUUUCCCACCCCAGCCCUCAAGCAUUUGAAUGCACGGAGACUGGUCUGCAUGAGCCCUCCCUCGUUUUGGAAAAACUGGGGCCCAUUCCAGGGAGGUGCGGGUCCCCCGUUCUCAAGUCUGGGCCGCGCAGGAAUUAAAGCCCCUGUGUUCUGAUUCACUGUGUGGUGACCUUUCCUCCACCCUCGGUCGCUGCCCGGGCAGAGGAGUGUCUAGGCAUGAGGGGGUGGAAAACCCUCCAAAUAGAACGUCGGCACAGAAACGGACGGAGGCUGCACCGUGCUUCCCAGACCUUCUCCCUGCGUGGUGGCGGACCCAGCUCUCUGGCUGGGCUGUUUCCCUUCCCCGACAGCGCACCAGACUUCCCACUGGCCCAUGUGCGUGGGACUGUUGGGCCAGGCUGCGACGAUCACACCGUCUGCCUUUGACAGCAGAGCCCUAGCAGGCUGGGGCCUCCAGCCCCCGUUAGACCACCUGGCCCCGUCCAACAAGGGAACAGAAACACCAGCUAGCUUCAGGGCCGAUGCUUCCUGGGUAGCGGGAGAGACUGUAAUGAAUCCCCCUGAUGACCACGUGACGUACGUGCGUCCUGAAGGACAAGAACUAGUUGUGGCAUCCCAGGAGAUACAGACCUGUUUUCUCAGCUUCCGAUGACCAAAACAAAAGCACACGAACAAACAAAAAACCCGACACAUUUAGGAGACGGGAAAUCUUAUUUGAACACAGGAUGCAAAUCUUAUUUUCAGACACAUUUUUGAAAACAGCACAAAACUCGGUCCUUGUGUUAGAGGAUUAUCUACUUAACACCGCUUCAGGACACGACAUUUGUGUGUGCGUGUCACAGCAGAGGUUAAACAAAGAUUGCUAAUGUUCUGACCCUUACUUGAGGCUGGGAAGGUGGACCCCAGGCUCUUCCUGAAUAGGGCGCAUCAGGAGUUGCCCCCGAGCAGGUGAAACUCACCUGGCUCGAACCUCCUAGGCAGAUGGGACGCUUGUUUCCUGAUGACGUGACAUAGUGUCAGAAGACACUGCGUGCUGUGAAAUGUUUUCGAGAGCAGGGGGCGAUGCUAAUGAAAACAGUAACGCAUUCUCAUAAUAGCUCUGGGAUACUUCCCUCCAUCACAUGUGUAAUAAACUGUUAGGACUGGUUGUCCAGGGUCA